AAUUACGUCGAUGACUGACCGAGGAGAGGAGAAGGAAGGAGAGAAAACUAGAAAGAGAGAGCAUGUGUCUCUGUGUCCGUGACUGUGCUUUCCAUAGAGAAAUGGCAGUAGCAAGCAGCAUAUGCAACCAGAAGCAUUUGUUUUAAUAAACCCAAUUCAUGGUCCCUUAAAUAAACUACUACUCUAAUACACACCCUCUCAAACACUACUGCAAACAUCACCAACAAGCUUCCUCUCUUGACAACUUCUCUUGCUCUUAACUCUCUGUUCAGCUCAUAUUUACACAUAGAUUAAGAUGAUGAUGAUGAGUCCUAAUGCCUCUGGUGCAAGAAACAACACUAGAUUCCCUUUCACACCAACUCAAUGGCAAGAACUUGAGCACCAAGCUCUUAUCUUCAAGUACAUGGCUUCUGGUAAUCCCAUCCCUCAUGAGCUCCUCUCCACUAUCAAAACCUCCUCUUGGGACCCCUUGUCCAACCUCCUCCACCUCCACCCACCUCAACAAAUUGGAUGGAACCAUUACCAUAUGGGAUAUGGGAGAAAAAUAGAUCCAGAGCCAGGGAGGUGCAGAAGGACUGAUGGAAAAAAAUGGAGGUGCUCAAAAGAAGCUUAUCCAGAUUCUAAGUACUGUGAAAGACACAUGCAUAGAGGCAGGAACCGUUCAAGAAAGCCAGUGGAAACUAACUUAACAUCAUCAACAACAUCUAGUAUGAAUGAUAUAAGUCUUUCUUUGCCAAAAACAGGGGUGCCCAUCUCAUCAAACACUAGAAAAAGCCCACAAAACCUCUCCCCUAGCCCUUAUAGUGUUUUUCAAGCCAAGGCAUCUCAUCAGUUUGGUCCUUCACUAUCCUCUCAGAAUGGUGUUACCACACUUAAUAGCACUCCCUUCCUUUAUCCACAUUCUAGACCUUCAGAAAGAAAUUACAGCAGUUAUGUUCAUGGCAUUAAAGAGGAGGCUGGUGAGCAUCCCAAUUUUUUGUCUUCAAGUUCUAGUGGGACUAUGAGAAGCAUGUCUGGUUCUUCAUUGGGUGAAUCUUCUUGGCUGUUAGAUCAGCCACUAGCAAUGAACAAACAAAGGACUUGCUCUGCUUUACAAAAUGGAUACCCUUUUACUCAACCUAGCUCAAGGGAAAAACAAGAUUUAGGGUGGGGAGAGAUGAUGAAAAUGGGAAGAGAAGAAGAACCUCAGAAAGUAAUGCACCAUUUCUUUGAUGAAGGGCCAAGAAACAAGGACUCAUGGGAAGAAACUCAGCUCUCAAUAUCAAUGCCUAGAUCUUCACAUGAAGACUUUUUCAGGGCUCAUAAUGAAAAGUGAAAGUUUUUCAUUGUGGGUUUCAGAAUCACAGGCCAAAAAAGUGCUUACAUGUAGUGGUCAUUCAGUUCCUUUUGUGUCAAGAGCCUUUUUCUGAAGACUGAACUUGCAGCAGGGGGUUCAGCUUUUUUCUUAUGUUUGUGCAAAGGGUUUGUCUGUUAAGUUGAAUUACUGUGCUAGUGUUGAGUCAGAAGCAUGUGUGUGGUUUCCUUGUUUUUUCAUUUUCUCUUUGCUGAAAACGCCAACUACUUUGAGAUUUUGCAACAUUAUUAGCUUGGAUUUUUCACAACUGACCAGAUUGGCUAGCUCA